AUGUUGACCGAAACUAAUUUCAAUUUAACUGAUGGACAAAUGAACGAAUAUGAAGAAAUAUUCACUUAUUUCGAUCGUAAAAACACCGGUCGAAUCGAUGUGAAUGAUUUAGGUUUGAUCAUUCGAUCAGCUGGUUUGAAUCCGAGCGAUAUGAAACUCAAAGAAAUUCAAGAUGACUAUGAACGAAACAAAAUCAAUGAAAUCGAUUUCCAACAAUUUUUACAAAUAUUGAUUAAUCUAACGAAUGAAAUAGACGAUGAAAUCGAUCUCAUCGAAGCAUUUCGUGUUUUUGAUAAAGAAGGUCAAGGGAAUCAGUCGUAUAUACAUCUCAUGAGUUUUAUAACGAAAGAAGAAUUGUUUCAUAUUGUGACACAUCUAGGGGAAAAGUUAACAAGUGAAGAAGCAGAAGAGAUGAUGGAAGACGCGGAUAUUUACUGUGAUGGCAAAAUUCGUUAUGAAGAAUUUGUUAAAGUCAUGACUGAAUUGAAUUAA